AUGGUCGAUCGUGGAAGCGUUGGUCGAGAGGAUUUCGGAGACCGUGUGUCCGUGUUGCGAGCCAAAAGGACGCAACGAUCACCCUGCAACCUCGUGUGUUCCCGGGGGUGUGGCGUGGGCGGCGUGUGUGUAGGCGUGGAAAGGUGUAGGUGCGCCCAUGGAUACACCGGACCAGCCUGCGCGACGCCCGUGUGUGACCCGCCGUGCAGCAACGGUGGAACCUGCGUCAGCCCCGGAGUUUGUUCCUGCCCUGAAGGUUACUCUGGCGUAUGGUGUACAAUCAGGAAGUGCAAGUACGUGCCCAAACAGGUGGCCUACACGCGGAGCUACAAGAAAGUAGUGCCCCAGCGCGUCCAGACCCACUGCGGCGCCUGGGGUUGGAAGAGCUGCACCUCCGUUAGACAGGUGUACCAGACAGUCACCCAGAAGUUUUAUCGCACCGUUUACACCUGUACCCCUACUGCAUAAAACCUGCACUUUACGUGUUUUAAUUUUUUUUCCUCCUUUUCUUUCUGUCUGUCUUUUCUUUCUUUCUUUUUCUUUCUCUCUUUUUCUGUCUUUCUCUUUUUCUUUAUUUGGUUCUUUCAAACUCUUUCUUUCUUACUUUCCUUCUUUCUCUUUCUCGUUCUCUCUCAUGAAGUCACUUGUACAUUUUGUGAAAUUCCUGUAACGUGUUUUAAAUUGUAUGUCUAGUUCUUUAUUAGUUUCUUAGUCUUUUUCUUUCUCUUUUUCUUUAUUUGUCUCUGUCUGACAUUUCUUUCUCAUUCUAUCUUUCUAUCUCUUUCUUUCUCUUUUUCUUCCUCUUUCUCACUUUCGUUUGCACUCUCUCUCUCUCUCUCUCUCUCUCUCUCUCUCUCUCUCUCUCUCUCUCUCUCUCUCUCUCUCUCUCUCUCUCUCUCUCU